AAGCCAGCAGCCUGCAAUGGGGCUGCUACUGCUGCGGCUAACCAAACAGCUCCUGCUUCUCUGAAGACUUGCAGCAAGGCCUGCUGAGGCUCACAGAAGAUAGCCCCAGAGUCUUAGAAGUCAUCCUUACUUGCCCUCAAGAUGACAAACAGUUCGUUCUUCUGCCCAGUUUAUAAAGAUCUGGAGCCAUUCACGUAUUUUUUUUAUUUAGUUUUCCUUGUUGGAAUUAUUGGAAGUUGUUUUGCAACCUGGGCUUUUAUACAGAAGAAUACGAAUCACAGGUGUGUGAGCAUCUACUUAAUUAAUUUGCUUACAGCUGAUUUCUUGCUUACUCUGGCAUUACCGGUGAAAAUUGUUGUUGACUUGGGUGUGGCACCUUGGAAACUGAAGAUAUUCCACUGCCAAGUAACAGCCUGCCUCAUGUAUAUCAAUAUGUACUUAUCAAUUAUCUUCUUAGCAUUUGUCAGCAUUGAUCGCUGUCUUCAGUUGACACACAGCUGCAAGAUCUACCGAAUACAAGAACCUGGGUUUGCCAAAAUGAUAUCAACCGUUGUGUGGCUGAUGGUCCUUCUUAUAAUGGUGCCAAAUAUGAUGAUUCCCAUCAAAGACAUCAAGGAAAAGUCAAAUGUGGGUUGUAUGGAGUUUAAAAAGGAAUUUGGAAGAAAUUGGCAUUUGCUGACAAAUUUCAUAUGUGUAGCAAUAUUUUUAAAUUUCUCAGCCAUCAUUUUAAUAUCCAAUUGCCUUGUAAUUCGACAGCUCUACAGAAACAAAGAUAAUGAAAAUUAUCCAAAUGUGAAAAAGGCUCUCAUCAACAUACUUUUAGUAACCACAGGCUACAUCAUAUGCUUUGUUCCUUACCACAUUGUCCGAAUCCCAUACACCCUCAGCCAGACAGAAGUCAUAACUGAUUGCUCAACCAGGAUUUCACUCUUCAAAGCCAAAGAGGCUACACUGCUCCUGGCUGUGUCGAACCUGUGCUUUGAUCCUAUCCUGUACUAUCAUCUCUCAAAAGCAUUCCGCUCAAAGGUCACUGAGACUUUUGCCUCACCUAAAGAGACCAAGGCUCAGAAAGAAAAAUUAAGAUGUGAAAAUAAUGCAUAAAAGACAGCAUUUUUUGUGCUACCAAUUCUGGCCUUACUGGACCGUAAAAUUAAAUACAGCUUUGAAAGAGGGGAAAAAAAAAAAAACUUAGUAAGAAAAAAUACAAUUAGCUAGCAAAUAUGGACAGGUUUACUUAGAAAUCCUGUUUCUAAAUGCAAGUCAAGCUUUAUUGUUAGGCUUGUUGCUACUCAUUAACCCAAAUAUUUGUACAAAAAACUAAAGAGUCUCAUUGAAUGAAUGUAAAAUCCUGCAAUAUCCUUGAAAUCCAUAAGAGGUCCAUGACAUAGACCCAAAGGUAUUCAUGAGUUAUUCAUUUAAAUGCCUGGAACUGACUUCUUGAUAAAAACAUAAAAAAUAAUUUCCAUGUAAGUUACCAGAAAGCCCACCAGCAACUUAAUUUUAAAGCCUUUCAGAUUACUUUAAAAAAUGCUGCUUACAUAAAACUACUUAUGCCUAUUUUAUUUCUAAUCCAUCACUUCAAAAGAUGGUAAUCUUUCAGUUCAUUACUCCUUCAAUUUUUAAUGUCUAAUUUUUUUCUAACACAAUCAAAAACUUUUAUUUAUAAAAAGUCUUGAAAAAUAUA